AUGAGUACCAUCGAAACGCGAAGCAAGAAGUCACAACCGAAGGAAAAGGAAGUCGGAAGCGACGAAUCGGGAGAUUCGUCUAGAACAGGCGAAACGUCAGGUACAGAGCGAACCACCUGUACAGAACAAACAACUAGCACCAAUCAAACUACGACCACAACAGACUCAAGCAGCACAGCGAAAAACACACCACAAGACGUGCAUAGAAAAGCGACGGGAUCACGGACAUCGCAGAGCAAACGUGCAGAACUAGAAGCCCGUUUAGAACUCCAGCACAGAGAAAAAGAACAGGCGGACGCCGCAGCUGCACUCGCUCGUACUAAAUUGGAGCUAUUGCAACUAGCACAGAACUCCGACCAAGAACCGGACGCUGAAAACGACCUAGUCAACGAUUGGAUAGACAAAACUCCGCCGCCACAAGAUACCGAAUUUAACCGCAGUAUGAACAUCCUAUCAAACCUAGUAGCAAAGGCAGUUCAACAAACCAACAGUAGUCACGAACACAGAACGGAUACCGCACCAAAGAAACCACCAAUAUAUAUUAACGAUCUGUACCUAUUUGACGGAGAUCCCAUCAACUGGAUACCAUUCAUCAGCCACUACAAGGACACGGCAUCAUUUUUUAGUGACAUCGAAAACACCGCUCGCAUCAGGAAGUCCCUCAAAGGACUUGCAAGACAAACAGUAAAAUCUCUUCUAUACACCAGCACGAACCCAGAAAUAAUAUUAACAGAAUUAGAAAGAAGAUUCGGACAACCUUCAUAUAUAAUAAAAAGCGAAAUCGCAGAACUCGACAAAUUGCCCAAAAUGACUGAAGACAUUAAGGGCAUAGGCACAUUUGCUAGCGCAGUAUUUAACAGCGUAAAUACAAUAAAACAAUUAGACCGAAAGGAAUAUCUUUACUCUACCGAUAUAUCGGAUAGAAUCGUGGGAAAAAUGAGCACCAUAGUAAGAUUUCGAUGGCAAGAAUACAAAUGCCACCGGACAAAGGAACCCAUACUCAGUGUGCUGUCUGAGUUUUUAAAUAUGAUAUCGGAUCAAUUUGAUGAGCCCGGUUUACGUCUCGAACAGAAGGUUAAAAUAGAAAAUAACAAAUCACGACCAAUAAGAAGAGCCAGAGUUAAUACGGCAAAUCACGAAUCAACCUACGAAAGUGACGAAGAUUCAAACUACGACAGCGAGUUCGAAGAAGAAAUGAGAAUCGUCCUUACCGCCUCGGCAAUAGAAGAAGAAAGAUGUCCCCUAUGCGAACAAUCACACGAUAUUAUCAAAUGCGACAAAUUCACAAAGGAACCCACCAAAGAACGUUGGGAAAUAGUCAAAAGACUAAAGAUGUGUUUCAAAUGUCUCAAAACGAAUCACAGACACUUUCAAUGCAAAACUCAACCUUGUGGCAAGGAUGGUUGCAUCAGAAAGCAUCAUGAGCUACUGCAUCAAGAAAGAUUAAAACCAGACUCUAAUAAGAUAGUUUCAGUAAAUCACAUAGGCACUUCAAAAGCCUACUUAAAAAUAGUACCUGUAGAGCUGUGCGGACCAAAUGGCACUGAGACCGUCAUGGCCUUACUAGAUGAGGGGUCAACAGUCACUCUGCUGGUAGACAAAGUCGCCCACCACAUAGGAGCCUCCGGACCUGCAAAGAGCCUAGUUAUCGAAGGCAUAAGCGGUCAUCAAAUGAAAACGGAAGAAUCAAGACAUAUUAAAAUUCGUAUCAAAGGUUUAUUCUCAAGGACAUACGAAGAUCUUCAGGCACAUACAAUCGGACAACUCAACCUUAUAGCACAAUCCGUAAAGAAAGAAGACAUAGAAGAUUGCCCCCAUCUUAAAGAUAUAGAAGAUCAGCUGAUAUACGAUGGAACGCCACCAUCACUGUUAAUAGGCCAAGACAACUGGCACUUAAUAGUUACAAGAGACUUGAAGACUGGUAGCGCAUCAAAGCCCGUGGCAUCCCUAACCAGCCUAGGAUGGAUACUUCACGGCUUGAAGACUGAAACCUCAAAACCCGUCCUCUUCAUAAAUCACAUUCAUGAAAAAGAAACUGAAGACAUAGAUAAACUAAUUAAAAACCAUUUCAGUCUCGACUCGUUGGGAAUAACAGAAAGAAAACCACUAAAAGAUCCCGAACAACGAGCCAUGGCAAUUUUAGAAAAAACAACUCAUAGAUUGCCCGAAGGAAGAUUCGAAUGCGGAUUACUAUGGAAAUCCGACGAUGAAACUAUGCCACAAAAUAGAAACAGUGCCUUACGCCGCCUACAAGGCAUAGAAAGAAAACUAAAUAAAAAUGAAGACUUCAAAUUAAAAUAUACUCACCAAAUACAAAAUCUAAUAUCCAAUGGAUAUGCCGAACUAGCCACCACAAAACCCACCUCGCCAAGAACCUGGUACCUGCCACAUUUCGCAGUAAUACAUCCACAAAAGGAAAAAUUAAGAGUCGUGUUCGACGCCGCCGAACGCACAAAUGGCAAAAGUCUAAACGAUGCCUUACUAUCCGGUCCUGAUUUACUACAAUCCCUCUUCGGCGUGCUGAUAAGGUUCCGCCAAGGCCCGGUAGCCGUCGCAGCCGACAUCAAGGAAAUGUUUCUCAGAAUCGUAAUACGAGAAGAAGACAGAGACAGCUUACGAUUCCUCUGGAAAGAGAACGAAACAGACGCAGAACCUAAAGAAUACAGAAUGAAGUCGCUAAUAUUCGGAGCAACGUCAUCACCCUGUUCAGCUAUAUACGUUAAGAAUCGAAAUGCUCAAGACUUCCAAGAAAAAUAUCCCGAGGCUGUGAAUGCCAUUCAACGUUGUCAUUAUAUGGACGACUAUUUACAAAGCUUCCCAACAGUCGAAGAAGCAAAAAGAACAAGUAAAGAAGUGGACCUCAUACACAAAAGUGGAGGUUUCGAACUAAGAGGAUGGACAUCGAAUUAUCCAUCCACUAUUAACACAAUGGAAAUCAACCAUCCCGACCACAUUAAUUUGGGAGACCACGAUAAAUAUGGGAAGACAUUGGGCAUGAUAUGGCAAACCAACAACGACGCAUUACGAUUUACUGUCAGCCUUCGCAACACGCCCGAUGACGUCACUAGAGAAACGAGACCACCAACCAAACGCGAAGUCGCAAGCGCUGUCAUGUCAGUAUUCGACCCGCUAGGUUUAGCCACUCCAGUUUAA